UUUUUUUUUUUUUGCAGUUCAGAAUGGGCUAGAUUGCAAUUCUGUAUUUUACAUUCUGUAAUAUAAAUUAGCCUUCUCUUGUGGAUAGAUUAAAAGCUGCCUCAUACCACUAUUUUUAAAUUAAUAGUUUUGUUCUUAAUUCCUGCUCAGCUUGUUAUAUAUCUGCUACAUUAGAGUGGCCAAAGUCUAACCUUGUGUGUGUUUGGUCAUCAGGUAGCUAUAAAAAGGGCAGGUGUAUAAGUACCUGUGGCUAGAACGGUUUGUUAUGUAACUUACUUGUUAACGUAGGUUGCCACUGUAAGAUAAUGCAUUUCAGCCGCUGUGCAUCGUAUUAAAUUUUCUAGCACCACACGUGAGUAUGUUAAUGGACUUUUGUUUUCUUCUCUUAAUUGAAGUCUUGAGUUUUGGUGCCAAGUUACCUUUUCCAUGUGUGUCCAUUUCUGGCCUGUGUGAUGACCAUUAAUAUUUGCCAUCGCUUGUAUCUAAACUGAAACUCACAGGAUCAGAUCUCAGUUCUGACCACACGUUUGUGUACGUUACAGGAUCUAAGAGUGGUGUUUGCUCCAUUAGGCUAAGUUGCAGUGCCCUCCGUCUGUCCUUGGGAGAGCUUCCUUUUUGGCCUGUGUUCACCGCCUGCUUCACGGGAGGGUUUCUGACGGCGGAGGGGCAGAAACUCAGGAGGAGGCGAGGUGUAGCCUUACUUACCCAGUGGGUGAUAGGACAGUUGAGUAAGGAUUUAAAGUUAGGCCUCGAUGUGACAUUUUUUUUUGGUACUGGGGAUCCAACUUGGGUCCUUGCACUUGUGAGUCAAGUGACAGAACCACUGAGCUAAAUCCCUGGCCCUGCCUUGAUAUGACUUUGGAGAAAGACUUAAAAAUGUGCUGUCUGCUGAUAUUAAGACCUUUUUACUUCUAACCCUGUAAAGAGCUUUGAGCCUCAGGUUAGUUUCACUGUUAGUAUUUUGGCCACUUUGUGUUUUUCUGGAGAAAGUGGAGGAUGUUUCCAUAUUGACCAGCUGGACCAAUAUAACUGGUCUCUCUUCUCUGUCUUGCAUAGAAGUAAAAGACCUGACCUGGACACAGAAGCCAGAGCUGCCUUCACUCAGGGCAGCUUGGCUGGUCCACUGCAUCCCUCACUGUGUAGGGGCUGGUACUCAGUGGCGGUCCAACCUCGGCCAGAGGGGCUUUCUGUGGGAGCCCUUUAUCCCGACCUACCCAGGUGGAGUGAGCUGUGUUUGGUGACGUAGGACUUGGGUCCUGGGAGAAGCCACACUGAUGGUAGGCUUCUGGGGAAGCAGCUGUAGCCUGAGAGAGCAGGUAGGACAGUCUUCCUUACCUCACCUGCAAGACAGGCACAAUUGUCUGGAGUGAUGGAAGUCUGAAAUUGAUGCUGACACUUGCCUUGAUGCUGUAAAACUUGAGGCUGGAUGUUUAGAAAUUCUUAAUUAAAAUAGAGUAGUUAGUUUAGUUUGGUUCAAAAUUGGUGACCCUGUAUGAUCCGCAUUUUAUUUAUUUUCUUAUGGAAUCCUGCCUGGAAGCGGAAUUUACACCAAGACAUGCAUCAGAUGAAUACACCUAACCCUGGUGUCAGAAAUGCACUGCAAAUUUGUCCUGGCAAAAACGAACCCAGAUUUACUUUAUUAGCCAUUCAUUUUGAAUGUGUGGUUUCUCUUCAUUGAUUGCCUUCUUUGUCCUUUAGAAUAACAGCCCUGUUAGGAGAUUUGUUAAAAUUAUGUCUCUGAUUAGUAUUCUGGUGUUACAAAUAGUCCGAAUUCUGUUAAUCUUCACAGCCUAGCACUUGCCGCCCUCAUCCAGUUGUCACUGCUCGGCUGUGUCUUGCUUCUCUGCCCCCUACCUGGGGUGCAUGCGCUGGGUGGAGGGGCCACUUCUGAGGUGCUACCGCAGGAUGUCCGCCAGGCAGGAGCAGAUGACAGGCUGACCAUGCUCCAGAGCUCUUGGCAAAUUGGGUUCAGAACUUUAUUUUUCAUAACUGCUUGACUAAUAUAUAGAUUCAGUAUUUCUUUAACUACUGCUUUUACAGAUAGUGCUUUCAAAUUAAAUCAACAAUUUCUAAACCCCAGUGUCUUUCUCCUUUGCUAAAUUACAGUUAGAGCAUGUUAGGUAUUUCAUCAAACUCUUUGAAUGAUGCUCUUAGAUUUUUUUUUUUGGUACUGGGGAUCGAACUCUGGUCCUUGUGUUUGUGCAGCAGGCUGCGAAACCACUGAGCUAAAUCCUUGGCCCUGCUCUUAGAUUUUAAUGUAUGCAAAUAUAACUGGUUCAGUUGCAACCUCAAACUAUUCUUGGUAAUAUUGAACUUGAAAUGGAAACUUGGCACCAAAUUUAUUCAGGCAAAAACUUUUUCGUACAAUCGUUUCUUCCUGCUGUUAAGAAUAUGCUUAUAAAGCCUUAUUAUAUUAAGUUUGGAUACCAAAGGGUUAAAAAUACACAUGUAUUUCUUUUACUUAAGAUACUUUAGAUGUUUGCUAAUGUUUUGUACAAAUAAACAUUUAGUAAUGUUUUUAUCUUUUUUUAAUGAUUCCAUUUAUUUGCUUAUUUCCAUCUAGGAAUAGUUACUAAUGUAUUUGUGAUACAGCAUACCAAAUUUUAAAGUAACCAGAAUCGUGAGUUGAUGGUUUUUUAGUCCAUACUGUUAAAUUUUGUUGAAAUAUUGACAUAUUUGAAUUGGCUUCAUGCUGAAAUGACAAGAGGGAGCUUAGAGGGCAGUGUUGAGAGCAUCCGCGCGUGGUCAGGGCGUCGCGGGCCAGCAGCGUAGCUCAGCGACUGCCCAGUACCUCAUGUGUGUAUGUAUUUUUAAUCCAAUGUUGCCUGCAAAUGUGAACCCGUAUGAUUUAUAAGUUUCCUGUGUAUGAACCAUUGCCCGUUUUAAGUCACACAGAAGAUUCUGAAUCUAUAAAAACUACACAUGUCAAUGUUUUCCAGCUACGUAAUUCGAAUUGACUUGAUUUUUUCAAGUAAUCCUAGAGAGGGGGAGCAUUCCAUAUAGAAACUGCUGAAACUGCCACAGGUGCUUCUCCGAAACCUUACGGUUGUGGCAUUGAAUGUUCAGUAUCGCUUCCCUCUGCACACAAGGCAUACUGUUGAGCCUGAGAAAUGCCAGCGGCCUGACAGCAGCCGACAUUGCCCAAACCCAGGGCUUCCGAGAGUGCACCCAGUUUCUCUUGAGCCUCCAGAGCUGCCACCUGCACCGUUUCUGUCACAAUGGCGCCGUGAGCGGGGGGCACGAGAACGUGUUCCCCAGUCGUCUUAGUGUGGGAACAAACCGAAAGAGGUGCUUGGAAGACUCGGAACCUUUGGGUGUGAAGAAAGCUAGAACCGGAGCUCCGGGUCUGGAUUGCGCCAUGCCACUCGCGAAUGGCGAGGCGGAAGACGAGCCCGACAGAAUGCACGUCGAUAGAGAGUUUGCCGCCGUAACAGAUGUGAAAAACAGUAGCUCCAUGUCGAGCACACUGACAAAUGGCGGUGUCGGCAAUGGACAUUUGGACUUCCCCUGCCCGCGCCACCUCAAUGGGAUGGACAGCAGGAGCGACCCGUGUGGUACAGGAGCUCCCGGACUCAGCAACGGAUCGGCUCUCGUCUGUGCACACGGAACCGAGGAGCCGGAGGGGACCCCGAGCACCAGCCCCGAGAUGUGCGGCGCUCUGCACCUGAAUGGGAGCCCGAGCAGCUGCGUGGCCAGCCGGCCGGCCUGGGUGGAGGACCUGGACGUGGGGGAGAGCCUGCACUAUGGACACUACCACGGCUUCGGGGACACAGCUGAGAGCCUCCCGGAGCUGCACUUGAGCUGCGUGCGGGGGGAGCAGCGCUAGGCCAGUGCCAUGCAGCACCUGCACCCUGGCUCCUGAGGCCGCACAGCUCGUUCCGGGGGUGCUCGGGGUGCGUCCCGGGGCUUCCAUGUGCGUUCCACCGCAGGGCUACCGGCCGCCCUUUCGUAAGACACACUUUUGGAGUUUCGUUUUUCUGACACGAGUCUCUGUUUUUUAAAGAUGUGGUCACAGAAACUUAGAAAUUCAAAACUUAGUAAUUCAAAAAAAAAUUCAAAAAGUAAUUCAACUUUUGUAAGUUGAAUUACACCGAGAUGGCUCGGGGACCUGAACGUGGAUCCGCACCUGCUCCCCUGACAAGUUUGCUGCUGCUUCCCUGUAGGGCUAGCGCUGACCCGGCCACUCGGUGGGCCACUGCCCCCUUCGGUGUCUGGGGAUAUGAGUGUGGCUGCGCACAGAGCAGGCAGGCCUGGUGCGCGCUUGUGCCCUGCCUUUCCUACCUGUCUGGGGUCCUUACCACAGAUAACGGUUUCCUUUACAGUAGGAGAAGUCAGUAUUUGUAGAAACUGUCAGGUCAGAAUAUUUAACUAUUUUGACUGUUUUUCUUGUUUUUGUUUUUGGGGUUUUAUGCUUUAAAAUAUAUACAUAUACAUACAUACAUACACACAUGUGCAGUUAACUGAGAAUUUUUAAUCUCUAAAUAAAACAGCAUUAAGUUUAUGGUUUUUUAGAAAUUAGCUUUUAUUUAGCAACUAGUGGUUAAACCGUGCAAAUAUUGUAAUGACUUCUUUUCUGAUUUUUGUAAUAACAGAAUGUCAAACAAAAAGCUGAUGUUCUGAGCAUACUAACAUUUCGUUUUAAACUGUUCUUCACAGACUGAAUAAAAAUUUGCAGUCCGUU